CAACGACAAAUAGGAAGGAACCUUGGGGGUAGCGAUCUCUUCAAUCCUCCGUCUUUUGCUCACCCGCCGGAACGAAUGCUGCUCAUCUUCAAUCAACUUUCUCACCUUUUAGAGGGUCGAGGUCCCCGAAAUGAGCGUGCGUCGCCGCCAGGCGUCUCGGCUAGCCUUCGCUCCAUAUACGACGUGAGCACACCGACAAAAGAGAGCUCUAUCUACUAUACUCGCCGCACCUCGUAGUCGGCCCCAUCGUACCUCUGCCAUCACCCGUCUACGCCCCGUUCAUCGAGCAUGCGUCCUGCCGACCAGAAGACAUGAGCGCGCAGCAACCAUACGUCACCAUUCGGUCGCGCCGGCCGGCCGAUACAAAUGGCACCGUUGAGGGCGAUUCCGCGGCCAACCUGGGCUCAUCGGAGACGCAUGCUAGAUCAGCGACCCAUGACAUCAGCCGGACGAGCUUUCAUGUGAAGCACAUCAGCGACUUUGCAAAGCGGCUGGAAGACUCGGCCACACGAGCAUUUCCCAAUCGUGGACGCACGUCUCAACGUUAUAGCAAGGUGCAGGCCCUACUGUUGCACUGGGGCUCCGAUGAUCUCUUUGUCUUGCCCGAGCUGGAGGACUUGGAGAAAUGCCUGCGUGAUGAAUUUGCCUUCGGCACCGACAUCUUUGCCAUCCCUUCAGAGAACUCUCACCUAGAGCUCAUGAUGCGACUUGGCCAAUUGAUAAAGGAACACGAAUCUCAUGAUACACUGUUCAUCAUUUACUACGGUGGUCAUGCUCGAAUCGAUGACUCGAGGCAAAGCACUUGGUGCGCCACUCGCGAUGCCGACUCGCCAUGGUUGCAAUGGUCGGCUAUACAAACCCUGCUUGAGCGGUCGAAAUCGGAUGUCCUGAUUCUACUCGAUUGUUGCGCAGGCGCAGCCAGCGCGACCUUUCCCAACGGCAACAGCAUCACGGAAACGAUAUCAGCAUCAAGCUGGGACGCCAUUGCCCCCGACCCCGGGCGCUACUCCUUUACCAACGCACUCAUCGAAGUCUUGCAAGAGUGGCGAUUGAGAGCAUUCUCAGCAGCCAUGCUUCACGCCGAGGUUCUAGCUCGCCUGAAGCACCCAAGACCGAUACAAAUCAACGGAAAGCAUUUCGAAGCACGCUCGACGCCCGUUCACUUCAUGAUGACGGCAAACCACAAGGCCCCAAGCAUCGAACUAUGCAGACUCCGCCCAGCUGACAAGAUGCCCGCUCCAUUGCCACAAAACCACCUGUCCAUGCCUAUCAUGGGCCGUGCACCUGAAGAAUCAGACCCAAUAAUAUCCGGAAUCGCAUCUUCAGAACCAGAUGAGGAUACCCCCCAUGUCAUGAUCUCACUGGCUCUUGAAGACGACCAAAGGCUUGACAUCAACGCCUGGGAGCAGUGGCUAAAUGCUUUCCCUGCCCUUGCCAAGUUUGUCAAGGUUCAGGGAGUGUUCAAGAGUCACUCUACGCUCCUCCUCGUCUCCAUGCCAGUCAUGGUGUGGGAUCUGCUCCCGGAAGACAAAGCGGUAUCAUUUGUCGCCUUUAUUCGCUCUAACAAUCUGGCGAUACGGAAACCAGCGGCGCCUUUUGGAUCGGCCGAGACGAGAGUUUUGCAGCCACGGCAUGAACAUGUCGGCCCUGACGAUGCGUCAAUGUUCUCUGGCGUCUCCGGAACCACCUUCGCCGCUACAGAGGCGGCUUCUGUCCGUAACCCCUUUCCGGCAACUACCGCAUACAGAUCGUUCGCAACGCCCAUGAAUACCAUGUCUACAUCCAUAUCCCAUAGUCAACCGCCGACUCCCGGGCAGUCGCGUUCGCCUCAGUCGCAUUCUCCAAGAAGUGGACCAUCUCGACAAGUCAGGCCGGUGGCUUCCUCUACAUCCCUCAAUGCCCUCCAUGGUUCGACAGCAGCAACGGCAUUUGGCCCGGCUACUACGAUUAGCAGGCAAAUGAUCCUUAAUCAGCAACAGUCCAUGAGGCGAACAACGUUCGGCGUCGAUGUACCGGAACCGAAGCGAUUUUCGCCCCACGUCGAAAGACGACUCGAAGAAUACUACCAAAGGGAGCCGCUACCAAGCGAUGGACAAAGUGCUUUUCUAGCGUCGAAUCUUGGUAUCGAGCCAUGGCAUCUCGAAGUUUGGUUCCACCAUCGUCGAGAGCGGGACAUGGUCUCCCACAGGCUUGCGGCAAUGAAGGUUAAAGAUGUGAUGCAUGAGACUAGACCUGGGGUGCAAAUGAUCUUGCCGGCAGAUCUUAGCGACCUCCUUCAAAUGUCGGCCCCAGGACAAGUAACUCUGAUUGACCUAAGAUCUCCAGCUGAGUAUCAAAGGUCUCACGUCCAUGGCGCAAUAAACUUGCGAGCGCCGCAGUCAUUCCUCGAACUCGCCCCUCUCGACUUGAUCGAGCGAGCCUUUGAGCAAGAGCAAGGGCAAGAUGCGACCUUCAAGUGGCGCGAGUCAAGAUGCCUCGUCUUCUACGCUCGGGGCCUAGAGUGGCCUUGGGAAUGUCCCGCAGCUAGAAUCAUUAUGGGAAAACUCGGCGCUUACAACUGGUCCGGGAAGUGUUUUAUCCUCAAGGGACACUAUCGCGAGUUUAGCCAGUCCUUCGACCAGUACAUUGUCGGGACGAACAUGACAACUCACGCCAAAGCAUGGAUAGAGGCCCAAGGGCUCAAAGCCGUCGACGACAAUGACAUCCUAACAAGUCACGAGCAAUACGCUGGAUGGCUAUCCCAUGUCGAGAGCGAGGAUAGGGCUCGAACUAUCUCAGCGUCGCCGACAUCAACGUCUGAGCGUCUUGAGGCUUUAGAGACGCAAGAUCAAGAGCUCGAGAAAGAGUUCAGAUUAAAACACGGUGCUCUGUUCAGGAAAGCCGAAGACCUCAGAUUGAGCCAGGGUGAGACGGACGAGGCAUUUGACACGAAAGCACGGUUUGUCGAACCCCUCGACCGCGGGCUCGAGAAGAUCCGGGAGAUGGGGGCGGCGACGAUGUCACCCAUACAAUACGCGCCAGGACAUACAAAAGUUGUAUCGGAGGCUUACUUUGAUAGGUCGUUUGCGGAAGACGAUGAUCCGGACGACUACGUAGAAGUGAUCAGGACUGCUGAUGACAUGGCGGGUGGCAGUCGAAGACCCGGAGAUUCAGUUCCGAAGGAAGAAAGGACGCCUAGUCAAGAUUUGCCCGGUCGAGGACGCGGGGGUGGAAGCCUGUUGAACAAGAUGUUUCGCCGUUGAUCUUGAGUCGGCAUUGAAGGUUUAGGCGUUUGGCAGCGGGAAAGGCCACGGCAUGGCCGGGGGCAACCGAGAAACUCUGGCGUUUGAUUUUCUUCUGCUGCUACAGUUUGAGUGAUGCAUGGAAACUCUAUCAUGAUAUCCCGAUGACGUGUCCAGCCCGAUACUUGCCUGACACGGCGUUCACUUGAACGAUGAUCGUGGUACCUGCCCCCUGUUAGCAUCUGUCAGUAUCUGAUGGCAUGGCAAAGGAAGAGCCACUCGUUCUUGCGGAGGGCACCUGAUGAGCUGGGAGUUCGUUGCGGCCGUUCUUCGGCAUGAACAUGACCCGUAUUGCGAAUACGACGUCACGUCGCACAUGCGCAACCGUCAAUGUGUUUCUAGUUGCCACUUGCUGCCCGGAUCACUCGUCCUCACCGCACUUCAAGGCUUUCUCUUUGAGCAAGUCCCCAUGACCUCACUAAAGGGAAAAGGGGGCAGAGAAAGCAGGCAAGGCAGGCCCACGGGCCUCCGCGUUAUUGUUUCGGGAAGACACCCAGCAUCCCUGUCCAGCGGCUCCUCCAUUGAAG